GCGGCCAGUUGGUCAAGAGGAGACUUUCUACAGUCGACUUUCCCCACACUGGACGCGCGCACCACCCGCGCUUUCUUCUCCUGCUGCUUCAGAUGUUUCAUUGGCUUCAUGGCGAGUGUCGGGAAAUCAACCAGCAAGAUUAAUAAAAGAGAAACGAUGCCUCGCCCUCGUACUCCAUCAGAUAAGAAGCUCCUGAGAAGCUGUGAGGAGAUCUCAUCAUCAUCAUCAUCAUCGUGUGUGUGUGAGGAAGACCACAGCCUGGCUCUGAACGGACACGACAUCCAGAGUCUGGCCAUCACAACACAAGACCUGGAGCGGCUGCGAGUCCCUAAACCACCUACUGAUUCCCAGAAGCCCAAGCCCAUGACCCGCGUGUACGUGCGUAAGACACGCCCCCCCGACGAGGUCGGCAGAAAGGUCCGGGUCACCGUGGCGAGGCCCCUCCCACGAGACGACGAGACUCCGCCUCCCUCAUUUGAAUAUGCAGGUCCCGGUGGGCCGCGGUUUGACGCGCAGGGGAUGGUCCUGCCGCACAGCAUUCUGGGAAACCUGGAGGAUUUCAGGACAGAGAUGCAGCAGCGAGGGGAGACGGAGCUUGUGCAGCGGAUUCCAGUCGCACAGAAACUCCUCCCUCUAGUGGUGGCGACUGAGAGUGACAGCGAUGAUGAAGCCGAAACGGGGCGGAGCCACCAGAGCCACGCCCUCCAGCACUGGCACCGUCACAUGACCGAGAGACGCAGACAGCAGGACUUCAUUUCACGGUUCCUGCAGAAGCCAGCGGCGUCUCUGCUGAUGAACCGCUCCGGCAGAUUCAGACAGAUACAGGAGCAGAGGGAUCUGAUACACAGAGGACAUGGUCGGCGUGUGGGCCGUGAGUUCUGGAGUCUCCCGCAGCGUUACGGAGACGAGAUGAGCGGGAUCACAGCCACUCUCACACAGAGCGAGAGAGGAAACCCUCCAGACGUCACACGCAUCGGACACACACUCGCCACGCGCCUCGAGUCCGGUAAUGUGGUGUGUGACGCGCUCAACAGCGGCUGGGAUCAGAGUUUGUACCUUCAGCAGCGACUUCAUCAACUCAAGGACACGCGGAGGGACUUCAGUCCUGAGGUCGAGGGUCUGGAGGUCAUCGGCUCUGCGGCUCGUUCUCCUCCGCCGGACGAGAGAGAGGAAGAGGAGGAUGAAGAAGAAGAGCAGAAGGAAAACCAAGACCCUCUGGCGCUGUUUGAUGACGUCAUCAGCGAUGUGGAUCUGCGUCCCGCUCUGAGGGUCAGUGGAGAUCUGGCGCUCUGGACCCGCAUCACUUCCUCUCAGCAGGGGCAGAAGGGCGUCUCUGCCCGGCUGAUGUUCGAGACGGUCACGGGACAGAGUGUGAGCGCUGAUCUGGAGUUAAAGAAUGAAGGAAGUACCGUGAUUUACUACAGCUGGGAGAGACUGACACACACACACACUCACACUCAACACUUCUACUUCAACAGCACUACAGCGGUGAUCUUACCCGGCAGCACUAAACGCGUCAGCUUCAUCUUCAAGAGUGUGUGUGCGGGGAUCAUGACUGAGGUGUGGCGUCUGAACACACACCCGGUGCUGAUGGGCGGAGCUUCACUGCUGGUCACUCUGAGGGGCGUGGCCUUAGAUCAGGAUAAGAGCGCACAGCAGAGAGCGGCACUCCAGCAGGAGCUGAAGAGGAAAGCGUGUGUGUCGUUGUGUCGACGGAUCCUCAUGGAUCUCCUCAGAGGAGUUCGUUCUCCAGAGCGUCCCAUCUCUCCUGAUGAUCUCUACAUCACAGACGAGCAGCUGUUCCUCACACACAACCCUGGUGUGCAGUACCAGCGUGGGCCUGUGGAGGCGCUGCGGGGGUUAUGGGCGCAGAUCAGCGGGUCAGCACACACACCUGUGUGGGAUCUGUCGUUACACACACUCAGACAGGCUGUGCUGUGCGUUCCUGAGACACACAGUGAGAUCAGAGAGACGAGUCUGAAUCAGUUUAACUCCCUGAUGCUGGAGCUGCGGCGUCCACAUACACACACACCAGCGGUGACAUCACACAACAUCAGUCUGCAGUUAUGGAGGGAGCUGCUGGACGGUUUGGUCACAGAGUCUGUGAGAUUGAGACACAAACUGGGGCUUCCAGAGAACAACACCUGGAGUGACACGACACACGACCUCCACACCUGAACGCGGGAGCUUGAAGAAACUCGUGCCAGAAGAGAGGAAGACGG